AUGUCCUCAAAAUUCACACGCUUUGGCUUGUUAUUCGACGUGUCUAUUUUGGUGUUACGAUUACGAACAAGAUUGGAGGGAAGAGGAGACCCUGGAGGCCCGGAAACGUCGCCGGUCCUGCAUUUUCAUUCUCUCAGAUUUGAAGACAGAAAGAGGCUGCUGAUUACUUGUCUGGCUGAGGCUACGGGUCGCCGUGGCCGGAAAUCAACAGUCUCUUCGAACGAAGCUUAUCGGUUUCAUAUGGUUUUAAUCCAUUAUGAGAACCUUGUACGCUGA